GCUGUUACAGGGCAGCAGGGUCCCGACACGGCUCUGUCGUGUUUGUCGAGCGUGUUCGUGUUUGCUGGAGGCUGCUGAGUACAGGCUGGUAUUCGCACUGAAGCUCUCUGUCGGGUCGCUGUGUUCCGAGUCCGGUGGGGAGUUUGUCCGUCUCAUUCUUGAAUGGCGUUUGGAAUGCAUUAGUUUCACACAGUUUAAUAGUAACAGCAGCAGCUGUGUCACAGUGAUGCAAUGCGUGCGCACCAUGACUGUGGAAGUGCUAUCGACCGUCUGCUACAGAAGCGAAUCUAUAAAAGCUGCGUUGCCAUGGCGGAGGUGUUCUCCUCUGGGAUUGCGGCCCGCUUGCAGAUGCUGCGGGACCGGGAGGAUGGAUUGGGUCAGAACCACAAGGCUGUGAAGUACAUGAACCAAGACUUCGAGUUUCUGAGACAGAACUGCCUCCAGAACCGGGUCCUCUUCACUGACGACACCUUCCCAGCGGACCUGCCCUCCCUGGGGUUCAAGGAGCUGGGGCCACGCUCCCCCAAAACACAGGGGGUGCGCUGGAAACGACCCACCGAGAUCUGCUCGAACCCUCAGUUCAUUGUGGAUGGAGCGACUCGCACAGACAUCUGCCAGGGAGCGCUGGGGGACUGCUGGCUGCUCGCCGCCAUCGGCUCCCUGACCCUGAACGAGACGGUGCUGCAUCGCGUGGUUCCACACGGGCAGAGCUUCCAGGAGCAGUACGCAGGCAUCUUCCACUUCCAGUUCUGGCAGUUUGGCGAGUGGGUGGACGUGGUGAUUGAUGACAGGCUGCCGGUGAAGGACGGGAAGCUGCUGUUCGUUCAUUCGUAUGAAAAGAAUGAAUUUUGGAGCGCUCUGCUGGAGAAAGCAUACGCCAAGGUGAACGGGUGCUAUGAGGCUCUGUCGGGGGGCAGCACCUCCGAGGGGUUCGAGGAUUUCACGGGGGGCGUGACGGAGAUGUUUGAGCUGAGGAAGGCCCCCCCUGAUCUCUACAGCAUCAUCCUCAAGGCACUGGAGAGGGGCUCCCUGCUGGGCUGCUCCAUCGACAUCACAAGCAACCUGGACAUGGAGGCCGUGACGUUCAAGAAGCUGGUGAAGGGACACGCCUACUCAGUGACCAGCCUGAGAGAGGUGUCCUACAGAGGGAUGCCCACCAAGCUGGUCCGAAUCAGGAACCCCUGGGGAGAGGUGGAGUGGACUGGAGCCUGGAGCGACAACUCAUCGGAAUGGAACUACGUGGACCCGGCUGUGCAGAGCAAGCUGAGAGUGAAGUGCGAGGACGGGGAGUUCUGGAUGUCCUUCAGUGAUUUCCUGCGUGAGUUCUCGCGGUUGGAGAUCUGUAACCUGACUCCUGACACUCUGAAGUCGGAGAAGAUCCGGAAGUGGAACACCUCCCUGUACGACGGAGCCUGGAGGAGGGGCAGCACCGCGGGAGGCUGCAGGAACUACCCCGCCACGUACUGGAUCAAUCCGCAGUUCAAGGUGUGUCUGCAGAAUGCUCAGGGUGAGGGGGCGGAGUCAGACUGCAGCUUCCUGGUGGCUCUCAUGCAGAAGAAUCGCCGUCAGCAACGCAAAGAGGGGAAGGACAUGGAGACCAUUGGAUUCGCUGUGUACGAGGUCCCAGAUGAGUAUCGAGGUCAGUCCGGGGUUCAUCUCAAGCGUGAGUAUUUCCUGACGCACGGCUCCACGGCUCGCUCAGAGCUCUUUAUAAACCUGCGGGAGGUCAGCUCCCGAUUCACACUGCCUGCCGGGGAAUACAUCAUCGUACCCUCCACCUUUGAACCCCAGAAAGAGGGGGACUUCGUACUGAGAGUGUUCUCAGAGACCCAUGCCGACUCAGAGGAGAUGGAUGAUAAGAUCAUAGCUGAGCUCCAGGAUGAGAAAGAGUUGGAUGAGAGUCAGAUUGAUGCAGGCUUUAAGAAUCUUUUCAGACAGCUGGCUGGCGAGGACCUGGAGAUCAGUGUGGCAGAGCUGCAGACCAUUCUCAACAGGAUCAUCAACAAACAUAAAGACCUGAAGACGGACGGCUUCUCGAAGGACUGCUGCCGCAGUAUGAUCAACCUCAUGGACAAAGACGGCAACGGCAAGCUGGGACUCACAGAGUUUCAUGUGCUGUGGGAAAAGAUCAAACGCUACCUGACGGUGUUCCGCAAGUUUGACCUGGACAAGUCUGGAACCAUGAGCUCCUAUGAGAUGCGCCUUGCACUGGAGUCUGCGGGGUUCAAGCUGCCCGGCCGGCUGCACCAGCUCAUUAUCCUGCGUUACGCUGAGCCCGACCUCGCCAUCGACUUCGAUAACUUUGUGUCCUGCCUGAUCCGCCUGGAGACCAUGUUCAAGACGUUUAAAACUCUGGACACUGAUGCAGACGGAGUCGUUUCUUUCAGCUUCACGCAGUGGAUCUCUCUCACCAUGUUCACCUAGCAACCGGAAAACCUGCUGCACCUCACCUCCGAUCUUCAACCUCUGACCUCUGACCUCUGCCAAGUGCCUUUUCAGUGACGGGAUUCAACCAGCCAACCACCCCCCAGACCAGUUCAGCACAGGCUCAGUCUGUCUGUCAAUCUGUCUAUUACACACACUGAAACACACACACACACACACACACACACACACACACACUCUGACAGUCAUAGAUACAGACAGCACGGCAGCGCUAGUGCUGUCCACCAGAGGGCAGGCUUUCUCUUCUGUUUACUGCUUUGCAAGGCUUGUGUGUUAAAGUGGGAACCGAGUUUCAAUGCCAAGCAGCUUCUUCUCUGCAGUUUGUUUUUUAAACGUUUCAAUCGUGCCAACAGUUUCUAUUUGGUUGUUUUUUUUCUGUUUGUAUUGUUUCUAUAUUUUACGCAUUUUUCUUAAGUUUUCUUAAAGGAAAAUAAACAAAAAAGAAUGUAUAAAUAUAA